AUGGCUCCAACGUAAGUUUCCAUUCAUUUUUCUUAUUUGUAGACGAAAAUUCAAAACUUUUGAAGUUUAAGAAACAUUUUGCCGACCCAGAACAAUGUUUUUUUUUCAGCAAGAAAGUUCCACAGGUCCCAGAGACUGUGCUCAAGCGCAGAAAGCAGAGAGCCGAUUCUCGCGCCAAGGCUGCUCAGAACAAGGUCACCCUUGCUGCUGUAAGUUUCAUCUUCAUUAGCUAAGAAACAGUUUGCUCUUCAAAAGCACUGGUUAGAGGACCCAUUAUUAUCCGAACCAGCCGUCAAAACUGAGCUAUAGAAAAUAUCUUGUUUUUGGGUGAGGUGUAUUCACUUCAGAAUGCGCCUCAAUGACACGAUGACAAUUCACUUAUUUUUCAUUAGUUCCUUGUUUCUGGCUCUUUAUCGAUUCAAAUGUUUCAUUUUGCAGAAGAACAAGGAGAAGAAGACCCAGUACUUCAAGCGUGCUGAGAAGUACGUCCAGGAGUACAGAACCGCCCAGAAGGAGGGGCUCAGACUCAAACGCGAGGCUGAGGCCAAGGGAGACUUCUACGUUCCGGCCGAGCAGAAGGUUGCCUUCGUGGUCAGAAUCCGCGGUAUCAACCAGCUCCACCCGAAGCCAAGAAAGGUGCGAAAUGAGAAUUUAACAAAAAUGAUUGUAACGGUUUUCUUUUCAGGCUCUCCAGAUCCUCCGUCUUCGUCAGAUCAACAACGGAGUGUUCGUCAAGCUGAACAAGGCCACCCUCCCGCUUCUCCGCAUCAUCGAGCCGUACGUUGCUUGGGGAUACCCGAACAACAAGACCAUCCACGAUCUCCUCUACAAGCGCGGAUACGCCAAGGUCGAUGGAAACCGUGUCCCAAUCACCGACAACACCAUUGUCGAGAAGAGCCUCGGUAAUAAUAUCGUAAUGUGAAAGAAUUGUUCUCAUUCGUCUAAUUUCAGGAAAGUUCAACAUCAUCUGUCUCGAGGAUUUGGCUCACGAGAUCGCCACUGUCGGACCACACUUCAAGGAGGCCACCAACUUCCUGUGGCCCUUCAAGCUGAACAACCCAACUGGAGGAUGGACCAAGAAGACCAACCACUUCGUCGAGGGUGGAGACUUCGGAAACAGAGAGGAUCAACUCAACAACCUUCUCCGAAGAAUGAUCUAA